AUGCGGAACACGGAUAACGCAGCAAUGGCCACAAUCUGCCAAACAAUCGAAGAAAACUUACUACAACACAAAUGUGAACCAAACUGUCCGUGCAAGAAUCCACCGGUAUGUCCACCGGGGUGUCCCUGUAGGAAGGAGAGCAGACGUGCUUCGACUCGCCUUUUCUUCAACGCUCUGGGGAUCCUUGUGGCAGUCUUGGCGACUUAUAUGAUCGUCACAUCCGAUUCCAAGCUGUAUCUGGUGUUCUGGAUAAGCUACUCGAUCCUCAGGCGAAUGAUGGUGAAAAAUAAACGCGGCCAUGCUAAGGCUGCU